AGUACUUGAUCUAUUCACACAAGUCUGCGAAGCGGAUACAGGAACAAACGGAAAGAAGACAUAAUUGUGAUUUUUGUUAAAAUCUUAAGAAAAACAGGUGAUUUUGAGAAAAGCACACUAGAGAUAAUUCAAAUGAAUAAUCCGCCCAGGUUGUUCGAGAUAUAAAUAUCACCCCCCCACCCCCCCACCCCGUGCAUCAGCGGAGGAAUUAACCUUUUAUUGAAGGAGAAGAACAGGUGGACUACAUAGGUGGAUUGCAGAAUUGGCAUACUUUCCCUUGAGGGAGACACAGCGGUUUUCAGUAUGAAGUACUACUAUCAAUACCCAGUGUCGCAGUACAACACUGCAGUCCCUGUGAAGCCAGCCAGGACAGUACACUUCCCCAAUGACAUCGUUUUCCAGGACCACAUCAGACAAGGGGACCUGGAGCAGGUUGGGAGGUUCAUCAGGGCCAGGAAAGUGACACUGGACACCAUCUACCUGUCAGGCAUGGCAGCGCUGCAUGAGGCUGUGCUGUCGGGGAACCUUGAGUGUGUGAAGCUGCUGGUGAAAUAUGGUGCUGAUAUUCACCAGAAAGAUGAGAACGGCUGGACUCCGCUGCACAUGGCCUGCAGUGAUGGCUACCCUCACAUCGCGAGAUACCUCAUCUCUCUGGGUGCCAAAGUAGAUGCGAUGAAUGAAGGCGGUGAAAAACCAGCUGACCUCAUCGACCCUGACAGCAAAGAACUGGUCAUGCUCUUCAAAGGUUUAGGCGUGGUCUGAAUGACAAGCUCCUAUUGGACAGACGGUUAACUGAAAAGGACUCUACUUGUGUCCUUUAGGGCACAUGGGGUGCUCUGCCAUUGGUUUACUUGCGGGAGAAGCAGAAGCUGAAACUAUAUGGUGAUUGGCUGGCUAUUUGUGUUGCAAGAUAAGGAUGUAAAAAGAGUAUUUUUAUAAAAAAAAAAGCGCUUCUUCUGUGCCAAGCUAAUAACAGAUUAGAAACAGAGAUCUGUGCUCGAUAUACAGAAGAUACUGCAAUGUCUCUUACCACUGUAUCUUGCUUUGUAUAGUAAAAUGCCAGCCACUUGUUUUUUCUGCAUACCGGGUAAAUCCCCCAUUGACUUCCGUCGUUAAGAUGUUUACAGGCUCAAACAGGAUCACAUGAAGGUCAGUUUCCCUGUGAACAGCAUGUCCAAGCAAGCUUUCAAUUCAUUUUGCACUCGCAGCCCUGUGUAUUGCACUUUAUGUAUAUUAAUAUAUGCACUAUUUGUAAUGCUGGUCAACAAAAUCAAUCUGUAAUUUGGUCAGUAAUUGACUAAUGUAGAACUUAUUGUGCACAUUUGCCAGUGUACUUAUAUAGUAUUUUACAUGUGCCCAGUGUCUGAUUACAAACUACAGGAUCAACUAACAUCUAGGCACUUAAAUAGGCAUGCAUAAUAAUAGUUUAACUCGUUGGGUUCUGCUGGUCUUCAGCCAAUCAACAGCAGACAUUAUUUUUCCAACUGACCACCAAAGGAAGAUUUCAGAUUUUUUUAAUAGAUGCACAAACAGGAGAAAGGAGAUGGCUGGCAACUUGAUCCAGAACGUGAUGCUUGAUAUGGAGAUCAACUAAAUACAAAUACCUUUUUAUUAUUUCAAUUAUGUCCAUGCCAGAUGAAUUAUCUUUCUUAAUUAAUUAUCCUUCAUACAAGUGAAGCUAUGAGCAGAUAUCAGCUGUCGGUAACAAUUAUGUUUUUGAAUGACUUAUAUGAACGUCUUACCUUUUUAUUAUUUUUUUGUGUCAAGUGGAAUGCCUUUUUUUCUAAAAUAAAGUUUUUAUUACAGUAAAACAGAGAUGUGUCAUGU